GGGAGGCGGCGCGGGGCCGCGCGCGGCCAGUUUGAAUCGGCGGGAGCGGUUGGGACGGGCGGGCAUGGACGGGCCCGGGCGGAAUUAUGAGGCUCAGAUCCGGAACUACCGAGGGCCCGACCCUCUGGAGCCGUGGGACAGGUACCUGCAGUGGGCAGAGCGCUGCCUGCCCGCCCAGGAGAAGCAGAGCCGCUGGCCCGGGCUGCUGGAGGAGCUGGUGAAGGUGUUCGUGGGCGAGCAGAGGUACCACCAGGACCCGCGCUUCGUGAGCUACUGCGUCAAGCUGGCAGAGUUCAUCUCUUCCCCUUGCCAGUACUUUGAGUACCUGCACGGGCAGGGGAUCGGAGCCACCACCUCGGAUUUCUACCUGGCCUGGGCUCAGCUGCUGCUGAAGGAAGGAAACGUGCAGGGGGCAGGGGCUGUGCUCCAGAAAGGGCUCCUCAGCCAGGCACAGCCCCGGGAGAGCCUGCAGCAGCUCCACUGCUCCCUGCAGAGUUAUGAUCCUCGGAAUCCUCCUUUGCAAGAUGCUCCUGUUGUAAAACCACUUCAGACCUCCAAUGCUGCAAAUCUACUGGCUCCUCCAAAAAGUGUUUCAAAUCCUAAUCCCUGCAAAAAUCAGGCUCUCGAUGCUGCUGAUUCUCAAUGCUGUGCUGCUGGAAAAGAAGUGAAUUACGUGACCUACAUCUCCAAGUCCGAGGUUGUCCCGAAGGCGCCGCCGGCCGCCGCGGGCUGGGAGCAGGUCCCCAUGUACGACAAGAACCUGCUCCUGUGCCAGGGCUCUGAGCUCUCCUUCGAGGAGCUGAGGGCCAGCAGAUACUUCAGGAAGGAUGAGCUCCUCAGGAGGCAGCAGGCACUGGAGGAGGAGAAGAAAGACUCCAUGAGGAAGAAGGAGUCAGCAGUGCUGGAACUGCAAGCCCUGCAGCAGAAGCUGGACCAGCUCACCCAGCUCUCCAGAAGCUUGGAGGAAACAAGACUGGAAGCAGCAGCUGAGCCAAGCCAGAGGGUGGUGCCCCCAGCUGUGAGGCCCAGCACAUCUCACACCCCAGAGAACUGGCUGGCACCUGCUCCAGGGCUGGAUGUGCCACAGAGCCGAGCUCUGGUGCCUGAGCAGCUCCAGGCACCAGCAGCACCCGCUCCCAGGCUGCAGCCAGCGAAGGCCCUCGGUGACCACACCCCAGCAGCCUCCCCCUGGGGAGCACCAGGGGGGAAGGACCCAGCUGGAGCUCAGCCAGGGCUUGGGGGGCUCCAGAAGAAUUUGCUGCACCCUCCCUUCAGUGCUGCUCCAGCUCAGGAACAGGCUCAUCCCAACCCAGCUCUGCCUCGGAGUGCAGCAGAACUGUCCCCUAGCAAGGGAUCCACUGGAUUAACUCUUGCUGUGAAUGUGAAGGAAGCCUCCAGAGUUGGGAAUUCCUCCUUUGCCUGUGGAAAUGCUUCCCAAGCCACCCCCAACACCUCUCUGGGAGGAGCAGUGGGGACGACAACGCCCUUCAAGGUGCAGCCAUCACCCACAGUCCACACAAAGGAAGCUUUGGGUGUUCUCAUGGAUAUGUUCCAAACACCUUUCUUGCCUGAGCCAUCCCCCAUGGAGGACAGUGAGGAACAAUUUGAAGCCUUUUGCAGAAAAAGUGAGCCUGGUGGAUGCUUGAAAACUAACAUUGCUGUCCCUGCCAUUCCUGCAUUUGCCAUCUUUCAGGAUGAGGAGGAGAAGGAAAAUAGCAGGAUCCCACAGCAGAGGAACAAACCAGAAGAGCCCAGAACUUUUGGAGAGCAUCCCUUGCCUUGUGCAGCAGAAGAAGAAGCAGGGAGCACGGAAUUCCUGCGGGAUGAUUACACGGUGUGGAAUGGCCCCUGCAGCAACAAAGCCCUGGCUCCCAGUCCUGACAACACCAGGGAUUUUGCCAGAGCUGCCCAGCUCAUGUCCACACCCUUCAAUCACCUGGCAGCUCCCUCCCAGCCCCCUUUGGAGCACAGAGCCUGUAAGGAAAAUUUGCCCCAAAUGGAUUUGGAAUUCUCUGAAGAACUGCACAGGCAGCCAAAGCCCAAAAACUUAAGCCCUGUUCUUGAACGUGUCCCAGAGAAGAGAGGGCUUCGUGGUAACAUCCUGAAACAAGGAACUGGAAUCCAGGGAAUUGCUGCAGCUGCUUCCCAAUGCCUGCAUGAGCAGACAGCUCAAAGCAGAACUGGACAUCCCUCCUCCCUUGGGGUGGACAGGACUGCCCAGGAGAGGCUGUGUGGAGCUGGGCAGGACAGGACAGCCUGGACUGGGAGACCUGCAGUCCUUGUUGAGAACCCUUGGGACAAGGAAUUGAUCAGCAAGUUCUUGUCGGAGCUUCCGAAACCACUGCACACCUGUGCCAACUACUUUGAGUGGAAAUCUCCUCUUCCAUUCAUCAGGCUGAAGGCUGAACUCUCACUGGGUCCCAGCUCAUUCCAUGUGGACUGCUUGGUUGGGGAAGGAGCUUUUGCCCAAGUCUACCAAGCUUCCAUCCUGGAUGCCAGUAACCCUCGGAAUAAUCAGAAAGUGAUAUUCAAGGUCCAGAAACCUGCCAACCCUUGGGAGUUCUACAUUGCAACCCAGCUGCUGGAGAGGCUGAGCCCCAGCGUGCGCCACCUCUACAUCCACUUCUACUCCGCCCACUUCUUCCCCAACGGCAGCAUUUUGGUGGGAGAGCUCCACAACUAUGGAACUCUGCUCAAUGCCAUCAACAUUUACAAGAAGCUCCCAGAGAAGGUGAUGCCCCAAGCCCUCGUCAUCUACUUCGCCGUCAAAAUCCUGCACAUGGUGGAGGAGUUGCACAGCUGCAAAAUCAUCCACGGGGACAUCAAGCCUGACAACUUCAUCCUGGGAGAAAGGUUCCUGGAGAACGACACGUGUGACAUCGAUGGGCUCUGCCACGGCCUGACCCUCAUUGACCUGGGCCAGAGCAUCGACAUGAAGCUCUUCCCUGAGGGAACAGCCUUCACUGCCAGGUGUGAAACAUCUGGAUUCCAGUGCGUGGAAAUGCUGACAAACAAGCCCUGGAACUACCAGACAGACUACUUUGGGAUUGCAGCCACCGUGUACUGCAUGCUCUUCGGGACCUACAUGCGCCUCAAGGACGACAACGGGGUCUGGAAGCCUGAGGGAACCUUCAGGAGGCUUGCCAACGCUGAGCUGUGGAAGGAGUUCUUUGAGAGCUUGCUGAACAUUCCCAGCUGCCAGCAGCUGCCUUCCCUGGGAGCCCUGCGCCAGAAGCUCAGGGAUUUGUUCUGCAGCUCCUACCUGAAGGAAAUCAGGUUCCUCCGGAACAGACUCGUCGUGCUGCUCAUCGAGCACAAACGCUCACGGAAAUAGAGCUGAGUUUGCACAGUUCCCAAGGGCUUCUCUGGAUGUGGGAUCUUCCUUUUUUUUUUUUUUUUUUUUUGUAAUAACUCAGUUUUAAAUAAUAAAUGGGUUCGGGGUUGACUUCAUCAUUCUGUGCUUUUUGAGGGGAAUAAUAGGCUAAGUUGAGUUGUUAAUUGGUUUGGGAGGCAGUGGGUGUGCUUGAAUUGGGCUCUUCCUGCUCUACCUGUCCUUAGGAAUUUCUAGGAUGGAGGAAAUGGAGGCUUGCAGGUCAGAUUUAAGCUGGAUUAAGUAAGGACUGAAUCCACCCUUGGCACCUCCAGUUCUGACCUCCCCCCACAUCAUUAUUUGAGCUCAGGAGAAACCCACAGCUUGUUUGCCUGUAAUGGCAGAAUUUUGGGAAAAAAGUGUUCCUUUGAAAGGAAUAUUUCAGCAACACAACCCUCCAAGGGAGGAGAGGGUAUUAAUUUGAUUUUUGUAUCUCCCCACAGGAGGGAGACAACAGCCUUUCCUACUCUCCCUCCUGCUUCUGUUUCAGAGGUGUUUUUCCUCUGCUGAAACUGUUCAGCUGAAGAACCACAGUGAGCCUGACACAGCCUGGGAUGGCCAGGAAGAGCUGGGAUGUGUUGGUUCUCCUCAGGUUUGCUGUUCUGCCUGCAGCUGGGGCUCCUCUCCCUGCCCUGGUGGUGGCACAACCUCUGGGAUUUCCCUUGGAAGCAGCCUGCUUCCCCUGGCAUGGGGAGAAGCCUUGGGCUUUGAUCUGGAGCAGCUGGAGCCAGUUGCACCAGGAGGGAGAUCAGCUGGAGCAACCUCAGAGCUGGUGGAAAUAUAAACAUUGCCUGCUGGGGGGGCUUUUUUUGUUCCCUUUCUCCCUUUAGUUGCAUUUUUUUUACAAGCUGAGCCAAAGCCAGCUGUUCUCUGGCCAGGCCAAAAAUAUCUGCCAGGCUUAAGUUUUUAAAUCUAUAUUGUAAAUUAUGUAUUUUUAGUUCCUCAUAUAAUGCAGAGGGAUGUGUGGAGGAACACUUUUUGGAGUGUUUUGAGCACAAUGGAGAUUGUAGCUGCAGCUUUGCCCUUAGUAAAUGCUGUUACUUUACAUUAAACAGCCUCCUGCCCCAUCCCACCAUCCUUCCAUGGGAAAGGAGAAGGGUUAAAACCACCCCAUGAGAGGGGUAAUAAUGGAGCAGUGGGGUGAUGAGGAGGCUCUGCUGUUGUUGAUUUAAAGCAAGCUGUGACAAAAGGCAGGAUGAAGCCCCAGGGUGAUAUUUCCUCGCUGGCUCCACCAGCUGAAGAUCUCGAGGUAUCCCCAGAGUCGCCCUUUAGAGAUAACUCAUCUUGGGGCCCCCACCACCCACACGGAGAGGAGAGAUUUCCUGGCGUGUGGGUGGGUGCCUCUGCCUUUUCUUCUGCAGAAAACCCAGGUUUACUCAUUUUUCACCCUCUGCCAGCAAGCCAGGCCCCCCCUGGGUCUGGGGCUCUCCCUCAGCUCCUCCAUCCCUUGCUGCUGGUGGCCCAUCACCACCCAGCCCUUUCUGCUGCCAUCUCCCUGCAAUUCCUGGCCAGAUUUAUUAAUUAGGGCUCUGAAGGCAUUAGCAAGG